GGGUGGCGGCGCGAGGCUGCGGCCAGAGGAGCGGCGCGGAGCGGCGCGUCGGCCCCGAAGAUGUGGAGACCUGUCUUACCCACUGCUUCCCCCAGAAUCUAGCCCCAUAGAGACCGAGGGGGGCUCAUCAGCCUUUUCAACUUGGAACUUUCCAGAAGCCUUGUAUUUUCCUAAUAAUCCUCGCCUUGCAGGUGUAGUCCCAACUCUGCCACGUGCACUCGGCCUUGCUCCAGGGCAGGCUGAAGCCCUGGCCCUCCCCUGCCACCUUCUUCAGGAGACACCUCAGAGUCCCGCCUGCCAAGUGGUCCUUGAGACCCCAGCCCCUGUGGAGGAAGGCGCUGUCCGUCACGGCGGUGGGGGCGCCCCUUCUUCUUGGGGUGCGGUAUUUCACAGCCGAGCCGCAGGAGAGGAGGAGGAUGCGGCUCGUGGUGGAUGGUGUGGGACGUUUCGGCAGGUCUCUGCGAGUCGGCCUGCAGAUCUCCCUGGACUACUGGUGGUGCACGCACGUCGUCCUGCGCGGGGUGGAGGAGAACAGCCCGAGGUACUUGGAGGUGAUGUCUGCGUGUCACCAGCGGGCGGCGGACGCCCUAGUGGCGGGGGCCAUCAGCAACGGGGGCCUCUACGUGAAGCUGGGCCAGGGGCUGUGCUCCUUCAACCACCUGCUGCCCCCCGAGUACAUCAGGACGCUGCGCGUGCUGGAGGACAGGGCGCUCACGCGUGGCAUCCAGGAGGUGGAUGAGCUGUUCCUGGAAGACUUCCAGGCCCCGCCCCGCGAGCUCUUCCGGGACUUCGACUACCAGCCCAUCGCGGCGGCAAGCCUGGCCCAGGUGCACCGCGCCAGACUGCACGACGGCACGGAGGUGGCCGUGAAGGUACCAGGGGUGCGGGCGCCUCUGGGGGCGCCGGGGCCUGCUGGCCGGUCCUCCCUGCAGCCUCCCCGUGCAGGUGCAGUACAUCGACCUGCGGGACCGCUUCGAGGGGGACAUCCACACCCUGGAGCUCCUGCUCCAGCUCGUGGAGCUCAUGCACCCCAGCUUCGGCUUCAGCUGGGUCCUCCAGUGCUUGUGUGUGGCCUCCAGGACCUCAAGGGGACCCUGGCCCAGGAGCUGGACUUUGAGAACGAGGGGCGCAACGCCGAGCGCUGUGCCCGGGAGCUGCGGCACUUCCGCUACGUCGUGGUGCCCCGCGUGCACUGGGACACGUCCAGCAAGCGCGUGCUGACCGCCGACUUCUACGAGGGCUGCAAGGUCAACGACGUGGAAGCCAUCAAGACCAUGGGGUUGGCGGUGCGGGAUAUAGCGGAGAAGCUGAUCCAGGCUUUUGCCGAGCAGAUAUUUUACACCGGCUUCAUCCACUCUGACCCCCACCCUGGCAACGUUCUGGUGCGGAGAGGCCCGGACGGGAAGGCCCAGCUGGUGCUGCUGGACCACGGGCUCUACCAGUUUCUGGAUGCCAAGGACCGGUCGGCCCUGUGCCAGCUGUGGCGGGCCAUCAUUCUGAGGGACGAGGCCGCCAUGAAGACACACGCGGCUGCGCUCGGGGUGCAAGACUACUUCCUGUUCUCCGAGGUGCUCAUGCAGCGGCCCGUGCGUCUGGGGCAGCUGUGGCGCUCGAACCUCCUGAGCCGUGAGGAGGCCGCCUACAUGCGGGACAUGGCGAGGGAGCACUUCGAGGAGGUCAUGGCGGUGCUCAAGGCCCUGCCGCGGCCCAUGCUGCUCGUGCUGCGCAACGUCAACACCGUGCGCGCCAUCAACACCGCCCUGGGCGCCCCCGUGGACCGCUACUUCCUCAUGGCCAAGAGCGCCGUCCGGGGCUGGAGCCGCCUGGCAGGCACAGGGUGCCAGAACACCUACGGUGCCCGCCUCUUGCGCCACGUCCGAGUCGUCUGGGAGACCUUCAAGUUUGAGGUAGCUCUAAGGCUGGAGACCCUGUCGAUGCGGCUCACCGCCCUCCUGGUUCGAGUGCUGGUCCACCUGGGCCUCCUGCCCGAGGCCCAGGGCCUGUACGAGUACCUGGAGACCUAGGCCACCCCAGGGAGGAGCCCACAGCUGGCAGGGCCAGCAGCACGGAUGCCCAAGACCUGGGGGUCCUCUGGGCCCCACAAUGACCACACGCUCUUCUCAAAGCAAA